AUGGCACCCUCACUCAAGGAUCAGGCAGUCGGUAUCCUCCAACCCGCUCUGCUCAUUAUACUCGGCGUAUACCACUUCGCCGCGACCGUCCUAACCGCCCUCCUAACCGGUAACAUCCCCCUCCUCACCAACAUCUCCGCCCUGCGCGAGAAAGCCUUCACGCGCCUCUGGACCGCCCACGCAGAUGAACUCUCCCUCGAGAUGCCAGAGCCCCUACUCCCGCUUAUAAAGUCUCUUCACGGCCGCGUCUUGGACAUCGGACCAGGCACCGGCUCCCAGCUUAAGCGCUACAACACAGACGCAAGUAUAAAAAUGAUGUAUGCGGCGGAGCCGGCGGUAGACUUGCAUGCUGAGCUGGCGAAGAGCGCUGGGAAAGCUGGACUGGGUGAUCGAUACAAAAUACUUGCAUGUGGGGCUGAGCCUGAGUCACUGAUUCCAGCGCUGGCGAGGACCGGGUUGCUGGAGCGCGGCGCCAGUGAGGAGGGCAUAUUUGACGAUAUCGUAAGCAUACGGGUGUUGUGCGGCGUGCCGCGGCCGGAGGAGACCGUUGCGGGACUGUAUAGGCUGUUGAAGCCUGGUGGGAGGCUGAUUGUGUGCGAGCAUGUUGUCAACCCGUGGCAGAGCAAAGAGGGGAGUGUACUGGCGCGAUUAGCUCAGGUCGUGUAUAAGUUCUCCGGGUGGUCGUUUUUAUUGGGUGGGUGCAAUAUCGACCGGGAUACUGAAAAGACGCUGAAGGAUGCUGGAGGAAGGGGUGGAUGGAAGGAGAUCAGGUUGCAGCUUGUGGAUCCCCAUGCGGCUAUUCCGAUGCUAACAGGAUUUCUUGUGAGGAGCGAAUGA